UCGGUUGAAACCAAACUAUAAUCCAGUCUUCUCCUCUGUCUAUCCCUGUUCUUCUUUCUUAUUAAGUUUUUCGUUUAACAUACGUCUCUCUCUCUCUCUCUCUCUCUCUCUCUCUCAUGUGACAUGGUUUUUCAUUGCCUUUUCACACCUUAACUUUGUUUUUUCCACCUGGGUUUUGCUCCUUUUUGUCUCUCUUUCUGUGAUAUGGUUUUCAAUUUCUUCAAUCUCACGGUUAUUUGAAACCUUCUACAGUUUCUCUGUCUCAUUCUUCUUCGUCUUCUUCUUUCUCUUCAAUUUUCAUCUGCGUUUUUUACAUUUAUACCCCUUUGAUUCAUUGUAUGCUUAUUUGGGACUCUUCAUUUUUCCUUUACCUCUAUCUAUAUAUCUAUCCAAUAUUCUCCGUUUGGUCUUCUCAGUUUUCUGGGUCUUUUUUGUCCUCUUAUCUUCUCCGUUUUCCACCUAAUUCAGUCUUAUCUUAUAUAGUUUUGAUUACUCUCUCUCUCUCCUCUUCGUCUGCCUUUUUCGUUAAACAAAACAUAGCAUUUUUACAAGGAGCAGUUGAGAAUUGAAAACUGGGUUUUUUGAGAGCUCAGGAGAUGAAGUGCUUCUAUCUCUUUAAAGACAAAUCCAAGAGCAAAAGAAAGGCAGAAUCAGCCCCUGAGUUAAGAAACCAAAACAAGUCAAGCAAUCCAGCUUUAGAUCGUCUGACCAAAUCUUCAGGCUCAUUACCAUCACCACGAAGCAUACCAGAACUUUACAAAGAAAAAGAGCAAGAAUUGAGAGUUUUUUCUUUCCAAGAGCUAAGGGAAGCUACUAAUGGUUUCAACCGGAUGUUAAAGAUUGGGGAAGGGGGUUUUGGGUCUGUGUAUAAAGGAACUAUUCAGCCUCUUAAUGGUCAGGGUAAUCCCACUGUCGUUGCCAUAAAGAAAUUAAAUCAGCAUAGUUUACAGGGUCAUAAACAAUGGCUUGCAGAAGUUCAAUUCCUCGGUGUUCUCAGUCACCCACACCUUGUAAAGCUCAUAGGAUAUUGCUCAGUAGAUGGAGAAAGAGGGAUUCAGCGGCUAUUGGUUUAUGAGUACAUGCCUAAUAGAAGUUUGGAAGAUCAUCUUUUCAGCCGAGCUUUGCCUGUUCUUCCUUGGAUUAAAAGAUUGGAGAUUAUCCUUGGUGCUGCCAAAGGGUUGGCUUAUUUACACGACGGACUGGAAGUUAAGGUAAUAUAUAGAGAUUUCAAAUCCUCAAAUGUACUAUUGGACGAGGCCUUUAGGCCAAAGCUCUCUGAUUUUGGACUGGCCAGAGAAGGGCCAACUGGUGACCGGACUCAUGUAUCGACAGCAGUGGUUGGAACAUAUGGAUAUGCAGCACCAGAAUAUGUUGAGACUGGCCAUCUCACAGUGCAGAGCGACAUAUGGACUUUCGGUGUUGUCCUCUAUGAGAUCCUCACCGGAAGGCGCGCAUUGGAAAGAAAUCGCCCCACGGCAGAGCAGAAGCUUCUAGAUUGGGUGAAACAAUAUCCAGCAGACAAGAACAGGUUUAGUAUGAUUAUGGACCCUCGUUUGAGAGGAGAUUUUCCACCAAAUGCAGCGAAGAAAAUCGCCAAGUUGGCGGAUAGCUGCUUGGUAAAGAAUGCAAAAGACAGGCCAACAAUGAAUCAAGUUGUGGAGAGCUUGAAGCAAGCUGUACAAGAAUCACAAGCCUCAUCAAGUUCAUCUGCUAAUGGUACUUCUUCCUCGCAUAGAUCUAAUUUAGUGAAGGGAAAGUUCAAAUAGAGUUGAGGUAACAUUUUUUUUUUCUUGUUCUCAAAGAGAGCCAAUGAGAAUUGAUUAUUUGUUUUUGCUUCUGCGUGAGCUCUCUUAGGGCUCUCCAAAGUUAUUUGAGAAGAGGCUUUUUUUAUUAUUUAAUACAGAAAUAAAUAUAGAUAAAUUCUUUUAGGGGUAUUCCAUGUGUGUGUUUGUAUAUACAUGUUGUUACUUACUUGUUAAGGUGUGUUUGUGAAGGGAAAGUAUUUAUUUCAGGAAAGAUAAACGAUAGUAAAUGACGACACUUUUUUUUCUU